AUGGUUAACAAAACAACUAAAAAUAUAUCAAAUAACCCCAUUUUACCAAAUUCAAAAGUAAGAAAUGUAAGUAAGGGUAAUAAAACGUGUAAAACAAAAGAAGCACCUAAGGAUUUGUAUCAAUGGUAUAUUGAUAAUAAUAUUGAAGAUAAAAAAAAAAGAAAUAAGGAUAUAGAAAGGAAUAUUGAAGAAUAUUUUGAAGAUGUAGAAAUCAGUAAAAAUGUUGAAGAAUAUAUAAAUGUAUUAUGUAGAAUAAAAAAUGAUCUGAAAAAAAGUGAAAAAAUAGAUGAAAAUAAUUUAGAUAUAAUUAAAAAAGUAUCUUAUAAUAAGUUAAUUAUUGAUACAUUUCAAAUGGGUAAUAAAGGUAGUGUUAAUUUCGAGUAUACAUAUGAUAGAGUAUAUGAUAUAGAAAAUAAUAAUCAAAUGAUUUUUAAUGAUUAUAUAAAAAACAAUAUAAAAAACAUAUUUCAAGGAAUAAACUGUAGUAUACUGGCAUAUGGUCAGACAAAUAGUGGUAAAACAUAUACUAUGUUAGGUAAUUUUGAAUUUUUAAAUAAUUUAUUUAAUAUAUGUGUUGAAAACAGAAAUAAUAAAAUAAGUGACAACAAAAUAUCUAUAACUUAUGAUGAAUUAACUAAUUGUAUAACAAAUGAGCCAGAUAAUGUGGGGAUAAUACCUCAUUGUAUUAACUAUAUUUUUAAUUAUAUAAAUUAUCAUAAAAACAAAAAUACAAGUGUUAAAUCCAAUAAUAAAGAAUUCACAGUAACUUUAUCAAUUUUAGAAAUAUACAAUGAAGUUAUAUAUGAUUUAAUAAGCGGAGAAAGUAACUUAUCAGUUCAAAUGAUAGAUUCCAAUAAGAAUGAAUUUGUAAUCAAAAAUCUAAAAGAAGUAGAAAUUGAGAAUAUUAUUAACGCUUUGUAUUAUUUAGAACAAGGAGUAAAUAAUAGAAAAAUUGCAUUUACUCAUAUGAAUAAAGCAUCAUCAAGAUCACAUUUAAUUUUUAUCAUAAAAAUAAACAGAUUUAUUCAUUCUACUAAUACUAUGAGAUGUGGCAAGCUCUGUUUGGUAGAUCUAGCUGGGAGUGAAAGAUUAAAACAAACAAAGGCUACUGGAUCAAUUAAAAUUGAAACUACUAUGAUUAAUAAAAGUUUAACAGUUCUGAGUAAGGUCAUUAAUUCAUUGGCUGUAAUGCAAAUGAAGGAAAAAAUAGAAAAAAAUAAUAAAGAGAGAAAUAACAAUGAAAGCGAUCUUAAUAAUGAACAAAGUGAAGGCAAUAUAAUAGAUGAAUGUAAUUCUUCAAGUAUACCAAAACAAAUAUCAAAUACAACAAAAAAAACUAAAUGUGACGGUUCUGUUACCACUAGUGUUCAUAUUCCAUAUCGCGAUUCAAAACUUACUAGAGUAUUAUCAGAUAGUUUGGGAAAUAAUUGUAAAAGUAUCCUUAUAUGUACGUUGUCAUCUCAAUUGCAAUAUUUAAAUGAAACAGCUUCUACUAUUAAAUUUGCUCAACGAGCUAAAAUGGUUAAAGCAAGACCAGUAAUACGUGAGGAGAAAAUAGAAAUUAAAAAAGAGGAUUAUGAAGAUGAAAGCAAAAAAGUUACUAAUAUAAAUGAUGCAAAUAAUACAACUGAUAAAAAAUUAAAUAUAUUCUGUAAUUUUAAUAGUAGUCAUAUAAAUAAAGAUAUAAUUUUCUUCUGUUUUAGCUUAUGUAUUUUUAGCUAUAUAUGUGGAUUUAAAAGUACAGGGAAGGUAAAAUACUUGGACUUUUUUAUUGAGUCUUACAAAAACAAAAUAGAUAUAAUUAAACAACAACUAAAUAAAGAAACAGAAAAUAAUGAUAUAAAUGAAUAUAUAUUAAAAACAUUUGAUGAUUUAAAAGUUCUAACAGAAGAAGAAAAGGCGAAAUUCAACAAGAUAAAUGAAGAAAAACAAAAAAAUAAUAUAGAUCCACUAUCAACUAUAAACAAUAAAAAUUAUGAUAAAUUACAUAAUAAAAAAAAGGAAAAGAAAGAUGAAGAAAAUAUUAAUAAUGAAGAUGGAAAUAAAUUAACUAUUGAUUAUUUAAAUAAAGUAGAAAACUUCAGUAAUAAAAUUAUAGAAGAAAAUAGCAAUUUGUAUAGGGACAAUUUAACAAGGACAAACACUUCAAAAGAUGAUAUUAUUGAGGAAGAUGAUGCUUUAAUAGGAGAUAUUUUAAUAAAAAUGAAAAACGAUAUAUGCAAUAUUCUCAAAUUUAACUUAACUAUCUUAAAGGGUAACAUGAAAGAAGACGAAAAAAUGUUUGAUGAAAUACUUAAUAUAGUAAAUACUGUAAAAGAAAAUAACAGUAUAUUUUUAUUAAAUGAAUUAAAUGAAAAUAAAAAUGAUCUAAAUUUGGAAGAUGAAAUGUUAAAUCAAAAGAAAAUUUUAUUAAAUGAAUCAGAUAACAAUUUCAAUGAAACUAGUGCCAUACCCAAGAAUAAAAAAGAUUUAAAAGCUAUCAAAGAUACAGAAGUAAAAAAAAAAAAAAUUAAAGAUAAAAUAAAUGUAAAUACUAAAUAUAUCAUAAGUUUAGAAGCAAACAACGAAAAAAAAAUAAGUAAAUCAAAGUUAGAUAAUAUAGAUAAAAAUAAUAAUAAUGGAACAAUAGGUUAUGUCAACUUUGCUGAAAAAAUAUUAAGUGUUACAAAUAUUCAAAAUAUUUUUGAUUAUGUUAAUAAUAAUUUUAGUAAGUUUAUUAGUGAUUUUACAACUGAUAAAAGUACUGUAUUUACUAGUUUUGAUUUAAAUGAAAAUUUAGAUAGACAAAUAAUAGAAAAAAAUAAUACUAUUUACAAUUUUAUACAUGCCGCUACUAUGUUUCAACAAAGUGGAACUCUAAAAAAUUUAAAUAGUAACUACUUUAUCAAUAAAAUUCAAACAGAUUUUUAUAAUAAUUAUAAUAAUAAUAAUUUAAAAUGUGUAAAAAGUACACAUAAUGCAGAUAGUAAUGAAAUAAAAAAUGGUUUUCUUAUAAAUGAAAAUUGUAAUAAAUCAAAAUCUUGUAAAUCAUUAAAAGAUAUUGAUUCAAAUGAUAUAUCUUAUAUUAACCAAAAAUCUAAUGUAUUGAAUAAAAAUGUAAAAUUUUUAAAUACUAAUGAAACUAAUAACAAUUUAGAAAUAACUAAAAAAGGUAAUAAUAUAGAAAAAUCGGUAAGUUUUUACAAUAAUGAAGAAAUUAAUGAAUCUAAUAAUAAUAAUGAAAAUAAUAAUAUUAUCAAAAAAGUGGAAAUUAAUGAUGAACAAAUCAAAAAAAGAAAAAUACAAAGAAAGAAGGAGAAUAACAUUCAAAAUAUAAAUGUUUCUCAAAAUGAACAGAUUUUAGAAUUUACAAAACUAUUUGAAAAUAAAGAUUUCAAAAAAUUAUAUGAUUACUUAAUUGAAAAAGAAGAUAAAAAUGAAGCAAAUAUUUUUCAAAAAGAAAAUGGUGAUAUUAAUAAUGUUUUACAAGAACUAGAAUCAAAAAUUAAUGAUGAAAUAAAAAAAAUAAAUGAAAACAUUACAGUAGAUAUUUCUAAUAACAAUAAAAAAUUAGAUAAAUCAAACAAAAAAAUAAAAAUGAUAGGAGAAAAUGGAGUUUCUUUAAAAAAUAAAAAUAUUAAUAAUAAUAGCUUAGGUAAUUCUAAUAAUGUUACAAAAAAAUUUGAUAACAUAGAAAUUUCAUACUUAGAGAAAAAAAGAAAUACUAAUUUGUGUAUAAAGAAAAUAUUCAAUAUCAUUAAAAAUAUAUUUCAUAAAAAAGAUAUAAAAGAUUCAAUAGAAAUAAAUACUUCUGACCUAAUAGACAAUGAACUUAUACAUAAUAAAAAGUUAUUAGAAAAAAAUUUAGAUUCAUACAAUAUUAGAAAUUUUCUUAUUAAUAAUAAAAAAAUUUAUAUUUUAAAUGAAACAGAAUAUGUACAUUUAAAAGAAUUAAUUAAUUACAAAAAUAAAAUGAUAUCAUAUCUAAACAGUGAGUAUAAAAAAUGUAAAUUAAUAGCUUAA